AUGCAACAGCGCACGGCAGUCAAGCGACAGCCAUGGAUGAAGGACGCAGCGGCGCGACGUCAAGCGACGUUAUCACAGCAGAGACAGGACAGAAGGGACCUUACGGCGCAUGCGCGACAGCUUGUGCAGUCGCAGGAGCCUCUGUCGCUUUCUGGAGACGUCACUACGCAGCCGAUGGACGACGUCACCUCUGUUUCUGUCUAUUCCAAGCGCAAGACCCGCGAGGAGCGCGUAAAGAAGAGACGUGAGCAUUUUUCCAAGCAGUUGAUGACACCCGAGUGGCUUAUUGACGUCCCUAAGGACUUGAAUGGCUGCGGCAGUGCGCUAGGUGAGGGCUGGUACGUGUUGCCGAGACCCGAGGGCAAGCGCUGCCUUGUAGUGGCCAAUGGAGGCACUACUAUUGCGAGGAUUCCAGCGGGAAGUAUUCUCAAGAAAUUUCCAUCGGCGCUACCGUGUGGCUCGCACAAGACCAAUAAGUCCAAUGACGGCUACUGUAUCUUAGACUGCAUCUAUCAAGAGCAUAAUGAGACGUUCUAUGUCCUAGACGUCAUGUGCUGGAAGAGUUAUCUGCUGUACAAUUGCACUACAGAGUUCCGACUCUUCUGGAUGCGAGACAAGCUGUCCGAAGGAGCGACGGCAAUUGUCACACCGGCUAACCCAUAUCGCUUUCUGCCUAUUCCAUGCUAUGAGAGUGAUUCAGCCGGAAUUAUGACGGCGUAUUCAACGACGUAUCCGUUUCUCAAAGAUGGACUUCUCUUUUACAUGAAGGCGGGUCAUUACGAAAUGGGUCUAUCGCCGCUGGCGUUGGUGUGGAAAGAUGGUAACACGAGUCGCUUCUUUGUCAACCCAGCAAAACCGUCUGUCGUACUUCGCCUUGAAGGUGGUGAAAAGGAGUUUGUGACGUUAGAAGGCAUCGUUCUUUUCACGUGCGACCAAGAGUUUAUCCAGCAACACGAGCUGAGUGAAGGAGAUCUUGCGAGUUUUUCUUUCGAGCAAAAUGAUGUGGAAGAAUGCCAGACACCGCAUCUACCCAGUCUGACAUUUGUAAAGCGGUGUUCGCCACAGAGAGCCCUUCCAGACAGCUGGACUAAGAUUUUGUUUCAGUACAACGUUCGUUUUGGUAAUGUCCCGAUCAAGCGGAUUUUGGAGGCCGCUCAAUUACCGACUCGUGAGGUCGAGAUGGAAGGAUAA